CCGCAGGCGAACUCCAUCGCUACCUAAGGGUCCUGCGGCUGUAGUUCCGCGCGGAGUGGCGCGCUUUAAGGACUACAGUAGUGGCUGUUCAGUGUUUAUAGUGAGUGUUAAAGCGCUGCUCCGGGGCUGAGGGAUGGCGGGGGUGAUUCGGAGGCUGGAUGAGACCGUGGUGAACCGCAUCGCAGCGGGAGAGGUUAUUCAGCGGCCCGCUAACGCUAUUAAAGAGAUGAUAGAGAACUGCCUGGAUGCGAAGUCCACCAACAUCCAGGUUACUGUGAAGGAGGGAGGGUUAAAGCUGAUCCAGAUUCAGGACAACGGCACUGGAAUUAGGAAAGAAGACCUCGAAAUCGUGUGUGAGCGAUUUACUACGAGCAAGCUUCAGACUUUUGAGGAUCUCACGUCUAUUUCGACAUACGGUUUCAGAGGAGAGGCUCUUGCCAGCAUUAGUCAUGUCGCCCAUGUGACGAUUACUACAAAAACAGCGGAUGGAAAAUGUGCUUAUCGAGGGAAUUACUGUGAUGGAAAGCUAAAAGCUCCACCAAAACCAUGUGCUGGAAAUCAGGGGACUCUUAUUUCGGUGGAAGAUCUGUUCUAUAACGUGCCGACUCGACGGAAAGCCCUGAAAAGUCCCAGUGAAGAAUACUCCCGGAUUGUGGAGGUCAUGAGUAGAUACGCUAUUCACAACUCUGGGAAAAGCUUUACUGUAAAAAAGCAAGGAGAGAUGGUGGCGGAUGUGAAGACUCUACCCAACGCUUCAGUUUUAGACAAUAUCCGGGUUGUGUUUGGAGUGGCUGUGAGCAGAGAGAUGAUUGAAGUGGGGUGUGAAGAUCAGAAGCUCGCCUUUAAACUGAAAGGAUACAUUUCCAAUGCAAAUUACUCCGUCAAAAAAUGCAUCCUCAUCCUCUUCAUCAACCAUCGUUUGGUGGAAUCCAGUGCUUUGAAGAAAGCCAUUGAGACCGUCUACACAGCGUAUCUUCCCAAGAACACUCAUCCUUUCCUUUAUCUCAGUCUAGAAAUUGCUCCCCAUAACAUUGACGUGAACGUGCAUCCAACCAAGCAUGAGGUUCACUUCCUGCAUGAAGACUGCAUCAUUGAGAGCAUCCAGAAACACAUUGAGAGCAAACUGCUCGGCUCCAACUCGUCGCGCACCUAUUUCACACAGACGUUACUUCCUGGGCUCUCAGCGUCCGUUAGUGAGGUAAAGGCUUCUAGCAGCUCCUCAGCAGAACCAGGGGAACGGGUCUACGCCCAUCAGAUGGUCCGUACCGACAGUAAAGCCCAGAAACUGGAUGCGUUUCUCCAGCCAGUGAGUAAACCAGCCUCAGUCACCAUCACUGCCUCCACUGCCUCCACCGCCAGCCCCCCGGCUCCUGCCCAGCCCACAGCCGAGCCUGAAGACUCAGAAAUGCUGGAAGUCCUGGAGGAAGUCGAGACGGAUGCCUCAAAAGAUCUUCAGGUUGAUUGUGAACCUGUCCAAUCAGAGACUCCCCCCAGGAAACGAGCUCAUGUAGACGAGGAUAAGGCCGAGCUCACGGCCGCCUGCACACCCAGGAGACGCGUCAUCAAACUGAGCAGUAUAAAGGAGCUGAGGAGCGAGAUCACUGACCAAACACACAAAGUGCUUUAUAGGGGUACGCAUGACUCCCAGUUUCUGCGUCUGCAGGAGAUGCUACAGAAUCACUCGUUUGUUGGAUGUGUGAAUCCACAGUGGUCUCUGAUUCAACAUCACACCAAACUCUACCUGCUGAACACGAGCAAACUCAGUCAGGAGCUGUUUUACCAGAUAUUAAUUUAUGAUUUUGGAAACUUCGGUGUUCUGCGUUUGUCAAGCCCCGCCCCUCUGUAUGAGCUGGCGAUGCUGGCGCUGGACUCUGAGGAGAGCGGCUGGACGGAGGAGGACGGGCCUAAAGAGGGACUCGCUCAGUACAUCGUAGAUUUCCUGAAGAAGAAAUCAGAGAUGCUGGAGGAUUAUUUCUCCAUGGAGGUGGAUGAGGACGGGAAUCUGACAGCUCUGCCGCUCCUGCUGGAUAACUACACCCCCGCUAUGGAGGGACUGCCGCUCUUCAUCCUCAGACUCGCUACAGAGGUGAACUGGGACAGUGAGAGAGAGUGUUUCCGGGACUUCAGUAAAGAGUGCAGUCAUUUCUACUCCAUCAGGAAACAGUUCACUCUGGAACCCGACGCAGCCGACGGCCCGGACGCUGAGCCGAGCUGGAGGUGGAAGGUUGAACACGUUCUCUUUAAGGCGUUCCGGUCCCUCCUCAGCCCCCCCUCACGCUGCAGCGAGGACGGCAGCAUCCUGCAGAUCGCCAGCCUGCCCGACCUCUACAAAGUGUUCGAGAGAUGCUGAACCCGAGCUUUCUGAUCCAGAUUAGAGUAUUAAAGUCCUGCUGAUGUUUAAUAUCAGCCUGAGUCUGGGUUUGACAAAGAGCUGGUGAUCUCAGACUCUGUGAGCAGGACUGGUCUCCUUUUGUAAUGUAACGAUUGUAUGUAAAUGUUUUCACUUGUUUUACAUGUUUAAAGUAAAUAAAUAUUUCUAUAGAAA